AUGUUCCUCUCGAAGGUCGAAGCCUUAUCAUUGGGCGACGUGCGUGUUAGAGUCCACCCAGCGCCUCCCAGCUGGCGCCGUUUGCAUGCAUGCAAAUGUGUGUAUGCAGCGCACGCCAAGAAGCAAGCAGUUCUGGUGGAAAACAAGACAUCACUACUGCUGCUACCCCUGCUGCUGCUGUACUUCACGAUGGCGACCACACUGCUGCACAUUACGGGAGCCAACGCCCAAGGUGGUGAUGUAGCACCACCGCCGCCGCCGCCACCACCGCCGCCACCUCUAACCCUCGCCAACAUCGCCAUCGGAAAAAGGACGUAUGCAUCCUCCCAGCUCUCCAAUCAAUACGCCGCCACAUUUGCCAAUGAUGGCAUUAUCCCCCCAGAUGGCAGCAAUAGCAGCACAUUCAUGAGUGGUAAUGCAACAGGCCAAUGGCUGUCCCUGGACUUUGGAGAGCUGGUGACCAUCUCCAGUAUAGCACUCUACGUUCGCCGGGACUGCUGCAGUGAUGAGCUGGUUAGCGCUGAAUUCAGACUUGGGGGCUGCGACAACCCGUACACUGGUAACGGCUGGGUCCCUUCGUCGUACAACUUCCUUCUCGGCAACUGGGCACAAAGCUCCGGCAUAAGGGACGGUAAAGUCACAUUUCCAGUCAGUCCGCCUAAAAAUGGCCGUUAUCUUACAGUUCGGAGCAACAAUGUCAACUCUAGGGCGUCGGGAGUGAACUUGGCGGUGGCAGAGUUGCAGGUUUAUGGCAUGUCCGCAGCCUGCACUCUCCAGGUGAUGUACGGCGCUGGGUACGGCAUCGACUCCGCAGCGCUGUCCACCAGCAUCCAGCCUGAUGAGGCGGCUUGCUGCCAGGCCUGCUACACCAGCGCCACCUGCCUGUACUGGGACUUCGUCCGCAGCAGUGGGACAUGCCGCCUCAAGGGCGACCAGGGGCCCACCCUCCCGCCGGGGCAGUCAAUACCGGGCUUCUACCGGGAUACCGACCGGGUGGCGGGCGCGAAGAGAGGUGUUCACAAUUACCACCCGCUAAACUGGAUGGAUACGCGUACAGUCACGGUUUGGUCUGGUCCUGAAGCUUUUACCAAUAACCCGAAAAAGUACUGGUUUACGUACUUUUACAAGUCCUACACCACACCAGUGGCCAUUUCAAAUGCAAGCUUCCGUCUAUGUGCCGACGAUGGGGGCAUUUUGUUCGUGAAUGGAAUAGAACCUUCCCUACGCGCAGGUCGCCAUCACCGUCCCCGUCUUCGUUUCCACAAUACCGAGGAGGAAUAUCAUCGCCACCAGCAUCGUACCCUUACGUUGUUAGAGUGA